GCGAUGCAGUCUCUUGCCCAAGUGGCGGGCAGCCAGGGUCCCGACUGUCCCGCUUAUCCUGUUUGGGAAUGGACCGACACAGCUUGUUCCCGGCGGACCCCUACUUCAUUCCGGGUUACGGAGGAUUCUGCCCGCAGUUCCAGUUCCAGAUCGGACACUCCUACGGGGCCACGACCCACAAUCUGCUGACCGACCCCAGAGUCCGACAAAACAGGAGUACUGUGCUGUCACCCACCACGAAUCUAGAGAAACCCCCCGAUGCCCUGCCAGCCAUAAAGGGCACAAUCAAGGGGCUUAGGGCAAUACCUGGAUACUCAGGAUGCAUCCCACUCAGGAAAGACCUGCACGGCAGCCCCUACUGCAGCGAGUCCGCAGCAGCCAAGGAGAAGUUCCUCCGACUCCGGAGACAGCAGGACAGCAACAGGGAGAGGCCUGUGCUCCUCACCUACAGCGAUGGCUCAGAACGGAUUUCUGUUAUAAACAAGACCGUACCCUUGACAGCUAAACCCCUACCCUCCGGUGACUGGGCUGGUAGGACAGCCCAUCUUGAUCCUAAACCAUCAUCCCUGGCAAGAGACCGCGACACUCCUCUGCGUGCCAUCGCAGGGUACACUGGGUUUGUCCCUACUUACCGCUGGAGCCUGGCUCAGAGCUAUCAGCCAGCAGUCCGGGAGGCCAUGGGGAACUUUGACCACAAUCAGUUUAUCUUGCAAAACCCAGGCAAAACAGGAGAAACUGCAAGACUACCAUCACUGCCAGAACUCUACACUAAGACAGGCAUGCUGCCACACUACACUGGCUUCAUACCAGGUGUGCGAUACAAGCAUGGUUUAACCUUCGGCCAGAGCUCCAGAGAGUCCUAUUGGGAACAGAAACCUCAGUAGAGCCAACAUGGACACAAAAGGCAUGGACUAUCAAAUGAGCUCUUUUUAUUGAGGAUUUCCAUCUGUACAGAUUGAGCUGAUAGACAAAGCCAGGUAACAUUAAGAAACAGCAAAGUGAAAAAUAAAAAGUUGAAAAAACA